AUGACUAGGCCCUCCAUUAUUAGAGCCGACACGAUCGACCUGCAAGAUCACGACGGCCCCUCGACCCAGAACCAGUCCCAUCCCGAGUUCGAUCCAGACGACAUCCACCACCGAGCGCCUCACCAGGCCGAGACUCUGCGCGAGGUCGCCCACGAGACCGCCCAGGAGCUGCGCAGCCCCAUCAUACCGACCAGCCCUACCUCUCGCGGCCGCUCGCGGACGCAUCAAUCCGCGCCCGGCACCCGUCACGCUGCCGACUUUGACGAUUCCGAUACCCAAGACCCCGACGCGCAGGCUGCCGACCUCACCGACGCCUUCACCAUGGACUCCUACCGCCAGCACGAGCAGGACGCCAUUGUCGCUGCUCACAAUGGCGCCUCGUCCUCGGACGAGGAGGAUUUGGACGGUGAAGCCAUUGACGACCUCGAUGACGACCUCAUGGACAAAAUUUCGAGCUCUCCCUCGAUAGAAGACGAGGACAUUGAUUUCGAGUUUGUCUACGCUCUUCACACCUUUGUCGCCACGGUUGAGGGCCAAGCAAACGCAACCAAGGGUGAUACCAUGGUUCUGCUUGACGACAGCAACAGUUACUGGUGGCUUGUGCGUGUCGUCAAGGACAGUAGCAUUGGUUAUCUUCCUGCCGAGCACAUUGAGACUCCCACAGAACGACUGGCUCGCUUAAACAAGCACAGGAAUAUCGAUCUCUCUGCAACUAUGCUAGGAGACCAAGCCGUCAAGCAAAAGAGUUCCUUCAAAGCCAUACGCCGCAAACGCAAGACAGUUGCCUUUGCGGAACCCACUUAUGUUGAUUAUUCCGAUUUCGAUUACUCUACCGACGAGGAGGACAUUGAAGAGCUCUUUGGCACACAACCACAAUCCGCGAGAGAGCAGGCUGCACAGUCUGCGCAGCAAGAGGGCCAAGAAGUCACCGAGGAAGCUCGCGUAGAGCCGCUCCGCACCAAGGAUCCCAAGAGCGAAGAGAAUCAGGAUACGCGAAACGCCAAAGACAUCAAUGGUGAAAAGGCCGUCGCUAAAGAGGGCGGUCUCGUCAAAGACGACUCUGGCCAGUUCGACAGAGAUGGGGACGAUGACACUAGCUCCGUUGAGGAGAUUAUCGAUGAGACGACAAGUGUCAGCCGGUCGAGAAACGGCACGGUGCGAAACACAGAUUCCUUCUUCAACGACGAGGAAACCAAAAAGAUUACCCUCACCCCCAAUCUGCUCCGCGACAGUGAUGCUGCUGGCGCCAGACCGUCGACUGAUUCUGCAGGCAAAGACUCGGCUAAGAGCCGUUCCAGCCUGGAAAAGAUGGAGAGGGAGCUGGUGUCGGACAAGGAAAGGAAAAAGACCAAGGACAAGAAGCCCAGCGCCAUUCGCAGCUUCUUUUCUAGAAAGGACAAGAAGAAGUCGGAAGAAGACGACGAGUCUUUUGGCAAGCGCUCUAUGGACGCUAUGGAUGCCGAUGAGCGAGAUGAGGCUGGCUCUCCCGACAAGGCCCAGCGCAUUGGCAAGCUGCAAAAGCCGCAGCCCCGCCUCGAGCCGCAGCCGCAGGCCGGGCGCAAGUUUGGCAAUUCGCAGGCGCAAAACUCUACUGUCGAGCUCUCGUCGUAUCUCAACGAGACGCGCACAAACGAUGUCUCUUCUGUGCCGCCCGCCUCGAUGCGCAUCGUCGACCCCGAGACGCAAGAAACGCGCAGUGUAUCGUCCAACCAGCUGCAGCAGUCUUCCGAGUCUGCACCCAGCCGUUCCGCGUCGUCGGGCAGCCGCGGCGACAAGGCAUCGGCUGCCCUAUCCAAGAUUAUGCCCCAUCGCAGUCCCAGCAGCGGUGCCGAUCCCAAGCCACAAAAGACCAAGAAGGCCAAGAUGAGAAUGGAACUCGAGGCCAACGACAGCUCAGAGGAAGAAGAGCAAGAGGAGGAGACUACCUCGCCAGACCAACCCCACACCGUUGCUGGUACCGCUGCGGCCACUGCUGCAGCGGCCGGCGUUGUUGGUGCGGCUGCUGUAGCCGCCAAGUCCCGGGGUGCUCCAUCGCCCUCUUCACCAGUCAUGUCCAGAGACAGAACCGUUACGCCGCAGACUGGCGCCGGCCAAACAGGAGAUUCAACCCAUAUGUCGCCCAGCAACGCCUCCAACCCGCCUGGCCUGGUGCCCGACACGUCGUCUGCAGAAGACCGCUCGCCCAACGCCUCGCCAUCGCCCGAGCUCAUGUCCAAGGGCGGCAGCGCCGCUAGUAGCCGCAAGGAGGCGUGGGACGACGUCAAGCUGCGCGCAUUCUUUGACGAGAGCGACCACAUCCGCGACCUCCUCGCCGUGGUGUACGACAAGUCGGACGUGGAGCCCGUCGGCGCGGACCACCCAGCCAUUGGCGGGCUGUUCAGGGAGCAGAAUGCCAAGCUGGCCGAGAUUACGACACAGCUGGACAAUCUGCUGGGAGACUGGCUGGCGCGGAAGCAGCGCAUGCGAGGAUCUGCGUAG